AUGGGUUUGUUUCACAAAGUUUUUGUGUUAUUGUUUUUAUCAAAAGUGAUUUUAAGUGAGAAGGUUUUCAAAAGUGUUCCAGUGACUGUAAAGUCGUAUGAAAAUGAUACUGUGCUGCUUCCUUGCUACGUGAACACUUCAGAGACAAAUCACCGAGUUCGAUGGUACAAGAACAAGACACUCCUAGGCGACAGUCACGACCCUAACCAUCUGAUGCCGCCCCACACGAGGAUGCACGCCAACUUCAGUUUGCAGAUAGACCACCUCACUUCAAAGGACACUGCUGAUUAUACCUGUGAAGUGGUUCGGGAAGAGCCAUGGGGACCGAUAAGACAGACGCAUUCUAUUGAAGUACAAUAUGCUCCAACAGUAAGAUCGAUACCUGAUGAAGGGUUCCUAGAAGUGAAGAAAGGUGAAUACGUGGAUUUCGGCUGUGAAACCUCAGGCACUCCCCCGCCUAUUGUGAACUGGAGAAAAAAUGGCGAAUCGAUGGCGUUAUUGGAGCACAGAUCGCGAAUUCGAUUCCGUGCUGAGAACCGCUUGUUAGCUGGAGUGUACGAGUGUAUCGUGAACAACGGAGUCGGUGAUCCCGUUACAGCCGCCAUCACUGUUAUUAUACAAGAUGCUCCAGAAGUAUCAACGGAACGCAGUUUCGUUCAUAGCGCGAUAGGUCUUCGAGCGGUAUUAGCUGCUAAGGUAGAGUUCGCGAUACCUCCCGCGCGGACAGCUUGGUAUAGAGAUGGAAGACUUGUGAAAACCGAUGACAGAGUAAUAAUAAUAGUGCAAGAAAAUAUCCACCAAUUAAUAUUCCGAUCUGUUCGAAAAAUUGAUUUCGGAAAUUACACGUUCAGAGCGGAAAAUAAACUCGGGAUGGCGGACGUUUCUUUUAAAUUAACUGGUGUACCCAAUGUGGCAUCGUUCAAAGUAGACCCCGCUCUGAAUAAAGCGACCUCCACCAGCUUUACUCUCAUCUGGGAAGUUGAUUCUUAUUCUAAUAUAAUCGAGUAUCGCCUCUGGCUUCGUCCAUAUUAUGGUCGACUAUCAACCACGGAAGAUGGAUUAACGACUAACCCUCCAACUAAUUUAUGGAGCAGUAUCGUUGUUCCGGGAGAUUCUGAUAAAGGACCAAUUCACAGCGCUUCAUAUACAGUGAGAGGUCUUACGCCAUCUACAGUAUAUGAAGCAAUAGUUACGUCUAGAAACGGGUUCGGUUGGAGUAAGCAGUCGCCAAUAUUACAUUUUGCUACAGAGCCUGGAGCUGGCAGAACAUUACCAUCGACCUCAGACUACACAGAUAUAACACAAUUAUUAGAAGAGGAACCAGAACAAGCGUACAACAUAACACAAGCGCGCGUUUUUGAACAAUACAACGAACCGUCAAACGCCGGAAAGAGGAAAAAACCAUUUUUACAAAUUAUGUGUAUUUUAUUUACAAUUUUGUAUUCAUUGAGUUGAUGUUUUAAAUAAAGAUUUAAUAUAUAUAAUGUCCAUUAGCUUAUAAAAAAAAUAAUAUUCUUAAGACAUAUUGAAUGAAAGAUGUUAUUCAUUUUUAAUACUUCGAGUUUAAAAAUCGAUUAAAUAGCUGAUAUGAUAAACUAGUUCUAACGUUGUCAUGUUAAAAAAAUAAUUAGCUACAAUUCAACUUUUGUGUAUAAAGCUAUACGUCAAGAUUAAUAAAAGAAAAUUUUAGUUAACAAAUGGUAAUUUAUAUGAACAAAAUAAAGAAUUAAAAUAAAUGGUGCAUUUAAUACUUUGUACUAGAAAAAAACAUAGAUAAUAAAAUAAAAGGAAUGCUUUCAUUCAUAGUCUGUGCUAUGCAACCACAA